CCGCAUCUGACAUCUCCUGCCUGUAUUUAGUAUAUUAUAUUCUCAAAAGACUGAAGUCUUUUUACUUUUGAUUCAACAACGGCAAAGUGACAUUCACCUUCAGAAAUAUAUAAUAAAAAAUAAUCAAGUUCAAUACUAAUAAUGUUUUUAUAUCGUGGAAUUUAUAUAUUAAUAUUAAUAUGUUUUCUAACCGAGGAAAUUGUAGGAGAUUUUUUUGCUCAUAUUUAUUGGAGAAGUUCAACAAUAAGACCAAGAUUAUCAAAAAUAAAAACAGUUGAGAAUCCUGACGUUCUUAUACCAUGGGAACCCAAAAAUAAACCCAAUUUUGAUUCAACAACAAUCGAAAUGCCAGAGCUAGUACCAUGGCAACCCAAGAAUAAACCAAUUUUUGAUUCGACAACAAUCAAACAACUAGAGUUAGUACCUUGGGAACCUAAAAAUAAACCCAUUUUUGAUUCAACAAUAACAACAACAAUAACAACAACCGUAAAGCCAGAUUAAAAAUACAAAAAUUGACUCUAUUAGUUCAAUCAUAAUAGCAACAGUCCAAUCACAACUGAAAAUCAAGUGAUAAAAAUUAAAAAUAA